GAGUCACAGCAUCACAACAAUCACAGCAUACUCUUUUGCAUCUCUUCGAUUCGAAACUGUUGAAUUUGUUAUAAUUUGAAUCAACGGUGUUCCUUGGUUCAAUUCCUAAUACCUUUUAAAUCCAAGUCUCUAGAGUACACCUUGAUUUAGAACUCACUCGAUGCCCUCGUAUCUAGCAUAGAUAUCUACACAAAUCCGGGCCCAUCACCCAUCGAAAUCAUGGCGCCCACAAAUCGCACCCUCCUCCUUCGGUCCUCCUCCCCAUCCUCAUCUCUACGAUCACCAUCUGAAUCUUCCUCUGCUUUCCGCGACCAAAAAGCUCGUAAACAAGAUAUAAUCCGCUACACCUCCUACGCCUCCGCCAUUCUCUCCUGUCUCUGCGCAGGUUCCAUCACCGCUUAUUCGCUCUAUGGCCAUUUAUUUCAAUCGCGAUUACAUUAUACACAACUGCAAGUCAAUAUUGUUAUCAUCGCGGCGGAAUUGGCAAUGUAUCUGCCGGUACCGGUAUUUGGAUAUCUAUGCGAUCGGGUUGGACCUGCGCCACUGUCUCUCGGGGCGGGAUUUAUGUUUGGAGCUGGAUAUGGAUUGGCGGCACUUACAUAUAAGAGUGGAGAGAAGGAUGUAGAGGGUUAUGUGACGGAAAGAGGAUGGCCAAUCAUCUGGAUGGUGAUUGCGUUCAUGAUUAUUGGGAUGGCAACCACUUGUAUGUAUAUUAGUGCGGUGACGGCAUGUGCGAAGAAUUUUGGGAAAUCGAAAUAUAGAGGCCUGGCGCUUGCAUGUCCAAUCGCGGCAUUUGGAUUGAGUGGAAUGUGGCAGAGUCAGGUGGGGGAGAAGAUAUUAUAUGAGAGAGGGAGAGACGGUCAAAGGGGAGAUGUUGAUGUGGGGAGAUUCUUUUCGUUCUUGGCUAUUACGCUUCUUGUGGUGGGAGUUAUUGGAUGUGGCUUGUUGAAGAUUGUGGAUGAGGAGGAGUUGAUUGAAGAAGCUGUUGAGGAAUUGGAGAGGAGUGGGUUACUUGGGGAGGAGGAAGGAUAUGCUAGGAGAGGAUAUGGUACUUUGAAUGGAGGAGAACGAGGUGAUGUUGAUGAGGAGGAUGAGGAAGCGAGAAAGAAGACUUGGUUAUUAAACGAGGAAACAAGGAGAUUCCUUAAAGAUCAUACUAUGUGGUGGUUAGCCAUUGGAUUUUUCUUCGUCUCCGGACCAGGCGAGUCGUUCAUCACAAAUUUGGGCACGAUCAUCGGCACGCUUCAUCCACCUACAAUCCACAAUCCUACUUCCGCAGCAACACACGUUUCAGUUGUGGCACUUACCUCAACCAUCGCUCGAAUCCUAUUUGGUACCCUCACCGAUGUAUUGGCACCGGUUCCCACAACACAUCAUUUCGGUUCUCUGUCAAAUUCUUUCGCUUCUCUCCCACCACAACCUAGAUCUCGUUUCACAAUAUCUCGUAUAACAUUCCUUAUCUUGUCCGCUCUCCUAAUUCUUUUAGGUGAUAUUCUACUGGCUGCAGGAAUUUGCCAAAACCACGCUAACCGCUUCUGGAUCAUUUCCACUCUCAUCGGAUCUGGUUACGGCGCUUUAUUCUCCCUGACCCCUUUGAUCGUAACGGUUAUCUGGGGUGUUGAAAACUUCGGAACUAACUGGGGAAUCGUGGCAAUGGUUCCAGCACUAGGUGCUACACUCUGGGGUGUGAUUUACAGUCAGGUCUACCAGAAAGUUGCCGAGGGAUUAUGGAAGGAAUUCCUUGGUGAUGGGGUACUUUGCUGGGGACAAAGCUGUUAUGCUGGUACCUUCUGGGGAAUGGCAGGGAGUGUGAGUGUUGGAAUUGGAUUCUGGGUUUGGGCUUGGAAGGGAAAGGACGGAUGGAGUGAUAGAGGGGUUGUAGUGUAGAUUUCUCAGGUGGAGGUCUGGGUGGGAUGGGUAUACGAAGUUAUGUAUGAAGUUGAUGGUUUUGAUAUAAGCAUCUAGCGUAUAUACUCAUGGUAUUAGCAAAUCGGCAUUGGGUUAUUGAGGAAAGGGAUCAUAAAUUGUGCAUAUUGCCUUUCGAAGGCAUACAUGGGUGUUUGUGGUUUGGGAUUAGUAAUAUUUUGUUUGUUCGGUCUGUUUAUUGGGGUACACUACACGGCAUUGUUCUAGUUAUGGAUUGCACAAUCGGGAGCUUAUUUGUAUGGAAUGUUUUUUUGUGUGUUUUAGGCAUUUUCUAAAUUGCGGUUUGUGCAUUGAAGGUGCAGUUAUAUAAUAUACUAUACAUAGGUAUUCGUUGUUAAUAUAAUUUUUGCCA